UGGGGCGCGGGGGCGGGGCGGCGGGGAGCUGGGUGCCGGGGAUGCCGCGGCCACCGCUGCCGCGGGACGGGUUCGGGUCCGCGUAGCGCUCCGUGAGCGCGGGGAGCUGGGCUGCCCGGAGCGCGGCGGCUGCAGCGGGAGCUCCCUGAGUGCCCGCCCGCCAUGUCCAGGAAGAAGACCCCCAAGACCAAGGGGGCCAGCGCGCCCGCUGCCUCCGCGCUGCCCGCCGCCAAUGGGUCCCGGCCCGCGCGCCCUGGGACUGCGCGACCUGUCCCCCAGGCGCGGCCCAACGGGCCCCCGCAGCCCGGCCGGCCCUCGCUUGGCGGGGGCGACUUCUACGACGUCGCCUUCAAGGUCAUGCUGGUGGGGGACUCAGGUGUGGGGAAGACCUGCCUGCUCGUGCGCUUCAAGGAUGGGGCAUUCCUGGCGGGGACCUUCAUCUCCACUGUGGGCAUCGACUUCCGGAACAAAGUUCUGGAUGUGGAUGGCAUGAAGGUGAAGCUGCAGAUCUGGGACACAGCAGGCCAGGAGCGGUUCCGAAGCGUCACCCACGCCUACUACCGCGACGCCCAUGCACUGCUGCUGCUCUAUGAUGUCACCAACAAGGCCUCCUUUGACAAUAUCCAGAGCCCAACAGGCGCUUUGUGCAGUGUGGCCUGGAGGGGCAAGGGGCACGCAGGAGUGCCAGGCUCCAGCUGGCCUCAGCUUGCCCCCCAGGCCUGGCUGACCGAGACCCAGGAGUACGCCCAGCAUGAUGUGGUGCUUAUGCUGCUGGGGAACAAGGUGGACUCUGCCCAGGAGCGUGCGGUCAAGAGGGAGGAUGGGGAGAAGCUGGCCAAGGAGUAUGGGCUGCCCUUCAUGGAGACCAGUGCCAAGACAGGCCUCAACGUGGACUUGGCCUUCACUGCCAUUGCAAAGGAGUUGAAGCAGCGCUCCAUGAAGGCCCCCAGUGAGCCCCGCUUCCGGCUGCACGACUAUGUCAAGAGGGAGGGCCGAAGCGCCUCCUGCUGCAUACCCUGAACUUGGGAGGGCCCUGCAAGGCUGGAUGGAGAUUCCAUAGCCCCCGCCCCCCAAUUCAAUCAUCCCGCACUCAAUCCUCGGAUAUCCGUUCCUGGGACUCCCAGACGAAGUCUUACCUUUCCCAGAGGCUCAGGCCCAAGAGGCUGUAAGGAGCCAGUGGGUCUGCACCUCCCUUCACCUGCUGCUGCCUGAGGGCCCUGAAGGAAAAGCAAGGGUCUUGGGUACAGGAGGGAGCAGCCAGUGCAGGUCCCUCUGCUGCCCCCUCCUGGACACGCCCAGCCUUGAGGCUGGGCCCCAGUGCCUAACCCCUAGAGAAAGCCUUGUCUUUGGCUGUCCCCUUUUUCCCUGUCCAGGCAGGGAAAGCCAGGACUCCUGCCUGUGCCUGGGCCGAGGGCUGCACCGCAAACCAUACCAUGUAUUUGUGCCCCAAGGACCAGAGCCACCUGCUUCCAGCUCACACACUAGGAGACUCUGGUUCCAACAUCAACACAGACCUCCUUUCUUGCUACCUUGGAGAAUGUCAAGGUUGGGGCUUUGUAAUAGAUGAACAGCAUGUGGGAAAUCACAGAAGGUCAGAGAAACUAGAACCGCCAGCCUCACCUGAAACCUUGCGUGGGGAAGUCAAGCCAGGGGCUGGUAGUGCGCUUCAUGUACUCAAAUCUUCAAGUCUAUCUUCAGAUUAAUAAGCUUUGUUUUCAGUUCUAGUGAAUAAAGUUGUGUUUUCUGG